UGUUCUAGAGAGAGAAAGUUGUGUUUUUUCUAGAGAGAGAAAGUAAGAAAAAAACUCAAAGCACAAAAGCACAAACUCAUUUGUGAAUCAAAUAUUUAUACCCACCAAGAAUUUUAUACCCAUCUUUUUUUUUUUUCCUUUUUUUGUUUUAUCUCACCCACUUUUUUGCUUUUCUUUAAUAUAUAUAAUCAGAGAAUGACAGAGUCAAAUACUAUAUACUAUAUUCUUCAUUACAUAUUUCCAUGUGGGUGUUGCAAUUUUCAAGAAAAGAAUAGAUUUUUGAUGGGUAGAAAUAGAAUUAGAAAGAGAAAAAGAAAGCUAAUUGGGUGUUUUUGUUUGUGUGUUCAUAAUUUCAUAGUACUACUAUACUAUUACUACUACUAUAUGAAUUUCAAGAAAAUGUUAUUUAUUACUAUUAGGCAAAUCUCACCACACAUCUUAAUCACCAGUACUUUGCAGUGUGAUGGACUUUUUUUUUUUUUUUUUUACUUUUGAGGGGGUAAGAGAGAGAAUAGAUAAUGGGGUUUUUCAGUUGUAUAUACUUUGUGGGUGUGUUUAAUUUUGUCUUUUCGUCAAUACCAAAAGUAAGCAACCCCCAAAAUUUUUCCUCUUUCCUCUUUCUAUAUCUCACUCUCAUUAACCCUAAUUUAGAGAGAGAAGUAAGCUAAAAAGGGGUGAUUUUGAUGAAUAAAAAUGGUGGCUGCUGAUGUUUUUCUAGUUUGGUUUUUGAUUAUUUGAAGUUCAAUUUGUUUGGGGUGAAGUUAAAGAUUUGAGCUUGGUGGUGCAAAAUGGAGUCUGCUGCUGCUGCUGUUCCUAUGGCUGUUGCUACUGCUAGUGAUGGUGUUGGGGCUUCUGAUGAUGUAGAGAAAAAGAAGCCACCUGAAGGAGGGGAGCCUAAGGUUAAGAGGAAAAUGAAGACUGCUUCUCAGUUGGAGAUUCUUGAAAAGACUUAUGCUACUGAUACUUAUCCUUCAGAAGCGUUGAGAGCAGAGUUGUCAGUAAAAUUAGGCCUCUCUGAUAGGCAACUGCAAAUGUGGUUCUGCCAUCGGAGGCUCAAGGAUAGAAAAGCUACGCCAGUGAAGCGGCAGAAGAAAGAAGAAGCUUCACCUGCUGCAGUGGUUUCUUCUGGUGGACAAGUGGAUGAGAUGGCAGCAGUGAGUGGUGAAAUUGGGAAGGAGCAUGCUUCUGGUUCUGGUUCGAGAGUAAUUCCCCUUGGUGGUGGUCUCAUGGACUUGCAGGUUCAACAACAGCACCACCAGCGUGUUGUUCAUCGGCCUGGAACUGCAGUUCCUAGGUUUAGAGCUGAAAUGCCAGCUUUGAAGAGAUAUUAUGAGCCACCUCAAGCCAUAUCCGAGCUUCGGGCAAUCGCAUUUGUGGAAGCGCAUUUGGGGGAGCCACUAAGGGAAGAUGGACCUAUUCUCGGAAUGGAGUUUGAUCCCUUGCCACCCGGUGCAUUUGGUGCACCCAUUGUGGCAGACACGCAGCACAAGCCAGCUGGACGACCUUUUGAAGCUCAAAUCUAUGAGAGACAAGAUGUUAAUUCAAUAAAGGGUACUACAAGGACUUUGCGUGAAUACCAGUUUCUUCCAGAACAACCAUCAAAUAGAAGCAACAGCUAUGAACAAUCCAUACCAUCUCAUUAUUACAGUUCAACUGAAGUUCAGAGUACCAGAACCAUGUUAUCAACUGGGAGGCAUGGGAGUGAGCAAGUGGCCUCUGGAUAUAGUAUUCCUGGUCAGAUACCAACUUUAAAUCUUCUGCCUCCAGGGAGGCAAGGUCACAUAUCUCCAGCUUCUGCUGAGGCUGAGGCUGCUCCACAGAGAUCUCUUGUGAACAUAGAAGUGGAGGCUAAUUAUAGUGGUCAGCCAAUGAUGAAGUUGGAGAGUCCAUUUAUGUCUUCUGAUAAAAGAAUCAUCCAUGACGAGGAACGGCUGGAGAGAAAGCGAAAGAGUGAAGAGGCAAGAAUUGCAAGGGAAGUGGAUGCCCAUGAGAAGAGGAUCCGGAAAGAGCUUGAGAAGCAAGACAUGUUACGAAGAAAGAGAGAAGAGCAAAUGAGGAAAGAUAUGGAGAGACAGGACAGGGAAAGGCGGAAAGAGGAAGAAAGACUGGUCCGUGAAAAGCAGCGUGAGGAAGAGAGGUAUCAGCGUGAGCAAAGGCGUGAGAUGGAACGAAGAGAGAAGUUCUUGCAAAAAGAGUAUAUGAAAGCAGAAAGAAUGAGGCUUAAAGAAGAAAUGCGCCGAGAAAAGGAGGUUGCAAGGCUUAAAGCGGCUAACGUAAGGGCUACCGCCCGAAGAAUAGCAAAAGAAUCAACAGAAUUAAUUGAUGAUGAGCGUCUGGAAUUGAUGGAGCUAGCAGCCUCAAAGAAGGGUUUGCCCUCAACAUUGUCACUAGACACUGAAACUCUACAAAAUCUAGAAGCAUUUAGAGAUAUGCUCAAUGAAUUUCCACCAAAGAGUGUUUGCUUGAGAAGGCCAUUCGGAGUUGAGCCAUGGAUAUGUUCCGAGGAGGACGUGGGUAAUCUUUUAAUGGUUUGGAGAUUCUUAAUUACUUUUACUGAUGUUCUCCAUCUCUGGCCAUUCACUCUGGAUGAGUUUGUACAAGCAUUUCACGAUUAUGAACCAAGGCUGCUCGCAGAGAUGCAUAUUGCUCUUCUCAAAUUGAUAAUAAAAGAUAUUGAAGAUGUUGCUAGAACACCUGCCGGUGCAGCGGCUGCAAACCCAAACAGCGGAGCAAAUCCUGGAGGCGGACACCCUGAUAUUGUUGAAGGGGCGUAUGCAUGGGGUUUUGACAUAAGAAGUUGGCAGAGCCACUUGAAUUCCCUGACGUGGCCAGAAAUACUGCGGCAAUUUGCACUCUCCGCUGGUUUUGGGCCUCAGUUAAAGAAAUCAAGUGUUGAACCAGCUUAUCCACGUGAUGAAAAUGAGUGUAAAAAUGGGGCAGAUAUCAUUUCCAACUUACGGAGUGGAGUUGCAGCUCAGAAAGCAGUUGUCAAAAUGCAAGAGAGAGGUUUCUCUAAUCUGCGGAAAUCUAGGCAUCGAUUGACACCUGGAACAGUCAAAUUUGCAGCAUUUCACGUUCUUUCACUUGAGGGAAGUCAGGGCCUUAAUAUCCUCGAAGUUGCUGAAAAGAUUCAGAAAUCUGGUCUUCGGGAUCUGACAACCAGCAAGACACCUGAAGCAUCUAUUUCUGCUGCAUUAUCGAGGGAUACAAAGCUUUUUGAAAGAACGGCUCCUUCAACAUAUUGUGUACGUGAUCCUUACAGAAAAGAUCCUGUUGAUGCUGAUGCCAUUCUUUCUGCAGCCAGGGAAAAAAUUCGAUUGUUUAAAAAUGAGUACGUGAAUGGAGAAGAAGCAGAGGAUGUUGAGAAAGAGGUUGAUAGGGAUGAUGAGUCUGAAAGUGAUGCUGCUGACGAUCCUGAAGUUGAUGAUUUAGUCUCCGAGUUAAAAUUUGCGGAGACUCCUGAAUCCCAUAAAACCGGCAGAACUGAUGGAAAGAAUUCUAGUUUUGACUUGACACGGACGCCUGAAGAUCUUAGUAUGCAGAACUCAACAGGAAUAAUGCAUUCACAAAGCUUCAGGGAGUCUAAACCCGUAGGAACUUCUGGUGACCAAUCAACUGCAGGUGAUGUUGAUGCAAGUAAUCUCAAUCAAGAAAAUGCGGUCAUUGAUGAAAGCAAUGCUGGUCAAAAAUGGGUUCAAGGGCUUAUGGAAGGGGAAUAUUCUGAUCUCACUGUUGAAGAACGCCUUCAUGCCCUUGUUGCCUUGAUUGGUGUUGCAAAUGAGGGGAAUUCUGUUCGCCUUGUAUUAGAGGAGCGACUGGAAGCUGCAUCUGCAUUGAAGAAGCAGAUUUGGGCUGAGGCACAGCUUGAUAAACGUCGUUUCAAAGAGGAGUUCUUACUGAAGGUACAAUAUCCAUCCAUUAGAAACAAUGGUGAACAGUUUGGGUCAGUUACUUCCGUCGAGGCCAGGCAAAGUCCAUUGCUUGCUGUUGGUGGCCACAAUGGGGUUGCAGACAUACUUUCACUUCAGCAGGAAGCCAUGCAUAAACUGCCAGAUGAACCCAUUAAUCCUAGUAAUGCUGCUGUUGAAAAGACUUGUCCAAUGCAAGAAAUUUAUGGAGGUCAGGAUAAUUCGCAGCUCCAGCAUUUUGCAUGUGUUGCUGAAAAGUCGCGCUCCCAGCUUAAAGCUUAUAUUGGCUAUAGGGCGGAAGAGACAUUUGUUUAUCGGUCUCUGCCCCUUGGUCAAGAUCGGAGACGUAACCGGUAUUGGCAGUUUGUCACGUCACCCUCUCGUUAUGAUCCGGGCUCUGGCAGGAUUUUUGUUGAGUUAUGUGAUGGUAGAUGGAGGCUAAUUGAUUCCGAAAAGGAUUUCAAUGCUUUAAUGGCUUCUUUGGAUAUUCGUGGACUUAGAGAAUCUCAUUUGCAUUCAAUGCUUCAAAAUAUUGAAGCAACUUUCAAGGAAACUGCUAGGAAGCAUAAGUACACUGACGAAAAACUUGGAAACUCCGUUAAAGAGGAUACUUCUGAAAGAGUACCUAGCAAUGAUUGCUGUUCAAAUACUGAUAGCUUGAAAAGCACUACCUGUAUCUCAAACCGUGAAACACGAGAACCUUCAACUUCCUUUCUUAUUGGUUUUGGGAGGAACAAAAUGGAAAACACCAAUGCCUUGAGGAGAUACGCAGAUCUGGAGAAGUGGAUGUGGGAAGAAUGUGUUGAUUCCCAGUUUCUAUGUGCAAGGAAGUACGGAAGGAUGAGAAGUGAAAAUUUGAUCGGUAUUUGUAAUAAUUGCCAUGACACGUACUUCUGGGAAGAUAAACACUGUCCUUCUUGUCAUAGGACAUUCAGUCCGGUAAAGAGUUCAUAUUUUAUUGAGCAUGUAGCUCAAUGCAAAGAGAAAUUGGAGGAUCUAUUUUUGCCUCUGUGUAUUUUGGACUCAUUACCUGCGCUUCGAGUUAGAUUGCUAAGGGCGCAGUUAGCUUCAGUGGAGGCCUGUAUCCCUCCUGAAGCUCUUCAGCCUGUUUGGUCAGAAGUAUAUCGAAGAUCUUGGGGUUCAAAGCUGCAUAUUGCUUCAACAGCUGGUGACCUCCUUCAGAUUCUGACAUUAUUGGAAGGUGCUAUCAAGGGGGAAUAUUUAAUAUCAGAGUAUGAAACGACAAGUGAGUUGCUGGGUGCUGUUAGCAACUCCAAUCUUGACGGGAUGGCGGUGUUACCUUGGGUUCCUCACACAACAUCUGCUGUUGCACUAAGGCUUAUGGAACUUGAUUCCUCCCUUUGUUAUACACAGCAGCAGAAAGCUGAUUCCUUGAAAGAUGACAAACCCACAGAUUUCAUUAUUAAAACAAAUUAUGAUGAGCUGAAGAGAGUUGCGGGGAUUGUAUCUGUUGAAGGUCGUGAAUAUGAAAAGCUAGAACCAGAUUUUUUGGUUAAGGUAGGAGGCAGACAUGCUAAUUCAGCACAGGGGCGUAAUCGUGUAAGAGGUGGAACUCAUUGUCGCAUCCGUGGAGGCAAAUCUCAGAGAAAAGUCGAUGCAUCCAGAUCUGAAUCUGCCCAGAGAAGUUCAAUGAAGAACAAUGACAGAUUAGACCACCUUCUUGCCUGGAAAGGUCGAGACGGCGGCAAAGGAAGACGUAAGAAAGGUCGUCGCUCAGUUCGUAAUAGACAAAAACCAAUGAAGAAUGUGGAAGAGGUCACUGUAGAAGAAGUGCCCCUCUCCAAUCAGCAAGAUUGGAACGAAGUUGAAGAUGGAGAAACACCUCAAUUUGAGGCGCCUGAUAAUGACUCUGAUUCUGGAACAUCAGGAAAUGAAGAUUAUAAAGGUCAAGUAACCAUCGAUGACUAUGAAGACUUAAUGGUUGAUGACUACGGUUCUUUCACUGGUAGAACUGACCAUGCGUCAGCCAGUGUGAGUUACAGCAUUGGCCGACCUUAUACUGAAAUUGCUGAAGGUGGAGAUGGUGUUGGUGAUUACGAGGAUGACCGUGAUGAAGAGGAUGAUGAAAAUGUCCAAGGAUACUUUGAUGGUGAGUUCGAGGAAGAGGGGAAUAGAUUUGGGGAUGAAGAAUACGUUGAAACCCCAAAAAAAGAUUCAGAAUCAUCUUCCGAGUAUAGCGACUGAUAACAGUUCAUGAACAUUGCAUUAGUCGCUACUUGAGUUGAACCAACCCAAAGGGUAUUUCCUCCUCAUGAACGUGAAAGAGAGGAAGGUUGACGGAUAAAUUCUCUAUAGGUCUCCGAUCCGGGUUCUUGUUGAGAGCUACAGCAAUACAAUGUUGUUGUGAAAGCAUCAUUAGUUCAAUUCUAACUGUUAAUAGUUAGCAUCCAACUUGAAAAUAGUACAGCAUCCCUCCUUACACUAACAUAUGAAGUAUUACAUCGCGUGUAAUCUAAUGUGGCAAGAUAAGCCUUCUUUUUCCA